CGCUCGCGGUGGCGGCACGAGCAGCGCUCACCGACCAUAGCGCGGCGCUGCCUGCAUAAUACUUUGAUUGUGAGCAGCCAGGGAGGCACACGUCGAGCACUGCCGACACUCAAUGAAGAAGCACCUUCUCCGGAGAGUAGCCGCUGCUGAGCCUUAACAUUACCCGCACUUUGACCUUCCGUAGCACCGAUUCACUGAGCGCAGGAGAGAACCAGGGCUCCUUCACUGAGUACCACAGCCUUACGGGAGUGAACUAGUACGCCCAGCCAGCACCGAACGGCAGGAAAGCACGAUUAUUUGUCAGUUUCACGGACUGGAAAUAAACAUGGCGAGCGAUUCUCCUGCUCGCAGCCUAGAUGAAAUAGACCUUUCGGCACUGAGGGAUCCGGCCGGGAUUUUUGAACUGGUAGAACUGGUUGGCAAUGGAACAUAUGGACAAGUAUAUAAGGGUCGCCAUGUCAAGACCGGACAGCUUGCAGCUAUUAAAGUCAUGGAUGUUACUGGGGAUGAAGAAGAAGAAAUUAAGCAAGAGAUAAACAUGCUGAAGAAAUACUCACAUCAUAGAAACAUAGCCACAUACUAUGGUGCUUUCAUUAAAAAGAAUCCUCCUGGAACAGAUGACCAACUCUGGUUGGUCAUGGAGUUUUGUGGGGCUGGUUCAGUGACAGACCUGAUUAAAAACACCAAAGGAAACAGUCUAAAGGAGGACUGGAUUGCAUACAUCUCAAGAGAGAUUUUAAGGGGGUUGAGUCAUCUUCAUCAGCAUAAAGUGAUUCACAGAGACAUUAAAGGGCAAAAUGUCUUACUGACAGAAAAUGCAGAAGUUAAAUUAGUUGACUUUGGAGUUAGUGCUCAGCUGGACCGAACUGUGGGCAGAAGAAAUACAUUUAUUGGAACUCCAUAUUGGAUGGCUCCUGAGGUCAUCGCAUGUGAUGAAAACCCUGAUGCAACAUAUGACUUUAAGAGCGACUUAUGGUCUUUAGGAAUCACAGCCAUAGAAAUGGCAGAAGGAGCACCCCCACUCUGUGACAUGCAUCCUAUGAGAGCCCUUUUCCUUAUUCCUAGGAAUCCUGCCCCCAAGUUGAAAUCUAAGAAGUGGUCAAAAAAGUUCCAGACCUUCAUUGACAGCUGCCUGGUGAAAAAUCAUAAUCAGAGGCCUACAACAGAGCAACUGAUGAAACACCCUUUCAUUCGGGAUCAGACUAAUGAGAGACAAGUUCGCAUCCAGCUCAAGGAUCAUAUAGAUCGAACAAAGAAAAAACGAGGGGAAAAAGAUGAAACUGAGUAUGAAUACAGUGGAAGUGAAGAAGAAGAGGAGGAGAAUGACAUAGGAGAACCUAGCUCUAUUGUAAACUUACCUGGGGAAUCAACACUGAGAAGAGACUUUUUGAGACUUCAGCUGGUGAGGGAGCAGCGUCCAGAGGCAAUUCGGAGACAGCAGCUUGAACAGCAGCAGCGAGAGAAUGAAGAACACAAAAGACAGCUGCUGGCUGAGCGCCAGAAACGAAUCGAAGAACAGAAAGAACAGAGGCGGAGACUAGAAGAGCAACAAAGAAGAGAAAGGGAGUUAAGGAAACAGCAAGAGAGAGAACAGCGAAGGCGUUUUGAAGAACUUGAGGCAAUUCGGAGGGAAGAAGAACGGCGACAGGCAGAGCGUGAGCAGGAAUAUAUCAGACGUCAGUUAGAGGAAGAGCAGAGACAAUUAGAAAUCCUGCAGCAACAACUACUGCAGGAACAAGCUUUACUUCUGGAAUAUAAGCGUAAACAGCUGGAAGAGCAGAGACAAGCUGAAAUGCUGCAGAGAAAAUUGCAGCAGGAACGGGCGUUCAUCGCCUCUCUGCAACAGCAGCAGCAACAGGAACAGCGGCAGGGAGAGAAGAAACAGCAGCUGUACCACUACAAAGACAGCAUCAACCCGAAUAAUGAGAAGCCAGCGUGGGCCAAAGAGGUUGAGCAACGAUCACUGGGCAACUCACCUGUUCUUCCAGCUAAGACUCAUCACUCAGCAGUAAAGCAUUCAAAAUGGGCACACUUAGAGCAAGGGUCUGCAUUUUCCCAUCUUGCAAAAAAUGCAAACAGUGGCAACACUCAGAAUACCAUGGUAACUUCUGCAGUAGCAGUGGUACCAGUAAUUGUAAUUGAUGGCUCUGGUCUGCCAAAAGAAAACACUUAUGAAAAGCCUGGAUACCCUUCAGUUGAACAAUUCAAGCCAAUUCUGGAUGUGAAAAGUGCAUCAAGGAGUUUAGAAGACCUGAGAUUACAAGUAGAGGAGCGUGCAAAACUGAACCGUCAGAGUUCACCAGCAAUGCCUCACAAGGCACCAAACCGGAUAUCUGAUUCGAGUCUGCCUCCACGCUCAGAGUCAUUUAGCAGCAGCGUGGUGCAGUCUGCUCGCACACCACCAAUGCAUCGACCAGUAGAGCCACAGGGAGCACCAACUCAGGUUCAGAUGGCACAUCUUGUACCCUUAAAACCCCACGGCACUUCAAUGUCAGGUUCACAAUCAUUGCAUGAACAGUCUGCAAAAGGAAUGUCUGGUUUCCAGGAAGGUUUGGUUUCACAUCGUCCUGAGAUGCCACGGCAAAAUUCUGAUCCAACUUCAGAAACUCCUCCUCUUCCACCUCGGAUUGGGAGCAGAGAGGAGAAAUUUGAUAGGAGUUCCUGGUUAAGACAGGAGGAAGACGUACCUCCUAAGGUGCCACAAAGAACAACAUCUAUAUCUCCUGCUCUAGGCAGGAAGACCUCCCCUGGAAACGGCAGCGCACUGACUAACAGAGCUGGAACUCAACCCUUCAGAGCGAGUAAUCCUGACCUAAGAAAACUUGAGCCCUUCUUGGAGGCACCUUUGCAGAGAACCAGCAGUGGCAGUUCAUCUAGUUCUAGCACCCCAAGCUCGCAGCCCAGUUCCCAGGGAGGAUCACAGCCUGGAUCCCAAGCUGGGUCUAGUGAGAGGAACCGAGGCAGAGGAACAACUAAGCCUGAAGAAUCUCCAGUGCCAGUUCAUGACCCCACGCGGUUAAAGCAAGAAGAGACAAGAGAGCUGUCACGACCUAGUCGCCCUGCUAGCUAUAAGAAAGCUGUCGAUGAGGAUUUGACAGUACUUGCCAAAGAAUUACGGGAACUGCGCAUUGAAGAAUCAAAUCGACCACCUAUUAAAGUGACAGACUACUCCUCAUCAAGUGAGGAAUCAGAAAGCAGUGAAGAAGAUGAGGAUGAAGAUGGUGAAGGAGAGGGCCAUGAUGGAACUGUACCAGUUAGUGACAUUCCAAGGCUAAUACCAACUGCUGUAACAGGAAGUAAUGAGUCAUUUGGCUUGGGCACAGGUCUUACAGAAGGAUCACAGCCUUCAGAAAGUGCUGGCAACAGCUCUAGAGAAGGCACACUAAUGACAACUGCUGAUCAAAAACGCUCAGGUCAUACAGACAGCAAUGGGUUUUCAAGCCACAUUAAUCUACCUGAUCUGGUGCAGCAGAGCCAGUCGCCUGCUGGUACACCAACAGAGGCAUUGACACGAACCUCAACUCUGCAAGUACAAGAUACAGAAUCUGCGGCUGAUUUUGGUGUUAUGGGCAGCGGUACAAAAACAUCAUUUACUCCUUUUAUGGACACUAGAGUUUACCAGACUUCUCCUACUGAUGAUGAAGAUUUAUCAGCAACAGCAUUAUUUACAAAUGAACUUCUAAGACAAGAACAGGCAAAGCUAAAUGAGGCAAGGAAAAUCUCAGUUGUAAAUGUGAAUCCUACAAACAUACGUCCUCAUAGUGACACUCCUGAAAUCCGAAAGUACAAAAAGCGUUUCAACUCUGAGAUCCUCUGUGCUGCUCUGUGGGGAGUUAACCUACUUGUGGGGACAGAAAAUGGACUGAUGCUUCUUGACAGAAGUGGUCAGGGGAAAGUGUACAACCUGAUUAACAGACGUCGCUUUCAGCAGAUGGAUGUUCUGGAAGGGCUAAACGUUCUUGUUACGAUAUCAGGGAAGAAGAACAAGUUGCGUGUGUACUACUUGUCCUGGCUAAGGAACAGGAUUUUACACAAUGACCCGGAAGUAGAAAAGAAGCAAGGAUGGAUUACUGUAGGGGAACUGGAAGGCUGUGUACAUUACAAAGUUGUGAAAUAUGAAAGAAUCAAGUUCUUGGUGAUUGCCUUAAAGAAUUCAGUGGAAAUCUAUGCCUGGGCUCCCAAACCUUAUCAUAAAUUUAUGGCAUUUAAGUCUUUUUCAGAUCUGCAGCACAAGCCCCAGCUUGUUGACUUGACAGUUGAAGAAGGUCAAAGGUUAAAAGUUAUUUAUGGGUCAAGUACAGGCUUUCAUGCUGUAGAUGUUGACUCAGGAAAUCCAUAUGACAUUUACCUUCCAUCCCACAUCCAGGGCAGUGUCACUCCACAUGCCAUAGUCAUCUUGCCUAAAACUGAUGGAAUGGAGAUGCUGUUGUGUUACGAAGAUGAAGGAGUCUACGUGAACACUUACGGCAGAAUCACAAAAGAUGUCGUGCUUCAGUGGGGAGAGAUGCCAACAUCAGUGGCAUAUAUUCAUUCUAAUCAGAUAAUGGGUUGGGGAGAAAAGGCUAUUGAAAUCCGUUCUGUGGAAACUGGACAUUUGGAUGGAGUUUUUAUGCAUAAGAGAGCCCAGAGGCUAAAAUUUUUGUGUGAAAGAAAUGAUAAGGUUUUCUUUGCCUCAGUAAGGUCUGGUGGAAGCAGUCAGGUGUUCUUCAUGACCCUCAACAGAAACUCCAUGAUGAACUGGUAACCGUUUGUCACCUUUAUUUACCUCCACAACAUUCAAGUGUUCAGUGUAUUAAAAACCCUAAAACGAUGGAUUAACAAAGUCAGAAGAUCGAUGUGAUCCAAAACAUCCUUGCUCCAUGAAAAAUCCCAGGCUUUCUUUGCUCGACAAAUAUCAGUAAAGAGCUAAACUGGAGAAGAGCUGGAGAUUAGAGGAUUUAUGAACCUCCAAUGCAACAAUGUGGGCAAGGGAAGAAGAAAAAACGAGCAAACAUAAUCUGUAACAUUCACAGCGACCAGUCAGAGGUCUGGUGACUGUAAUAUUGUUACAAUGGCAUGUGGUUUCUCUGUGGUUUCUUUGUAAAGUAAGGAAAGCAGAUCUGUUUGUUCUUUGAAAGGCAGAAGAAACAUUUUCUAAAGUAUUCCUGUCUGCCAAUGUGAUGUAGAAGGAAAUGCAGAAUAUAAAUGGCAUACAUUAUUUAAUUAAGAUCAGAACAUCUCAUAAGCUGAGACAGCACAAUAAAUGUAGCUUUUUAAAUUUUGGCUGAAGGCUGUACUGUAUAGCUGGUUCAUGUUCAAAUCUUCUGCCUUCACCCACCUGUUUGUUGCUGUUUGAAGGCAACAUAACAAAGUAUUUUUAAGUUAAUAGAGUUACAAUUUUCCCCUCUUUUGGGAAAUGGAUUUUUAAAUGGCUAAACUGCUAGCCUUAGUAGUUAGACUAAUAAAAUCGAAAUGUCACUUUGUCAGUUUAUUAAUCCAUAUUUUAUAUGGACUUUUUUCAUAAUUGUAUGCUGACAGGGAUAGUAGUACUGUUAGUUUAGUAAGUCCAACAAAACAUGGGAGGCGUUAUCAUAUCUUUCUACCACUCUGUUAUGCAACAGGUUGGGGCAAAACCAGGCAGGGAAAGGAAAGAAAUAUGUUAAGAGAAAGAAGUUUAUUUUGUCAGGUUAAUUAGAGUGGCUUUGCACAUCAGUUAUUAUCAUCUAAUUAUAAAUGAUUUUGAGUGGUUAGUAUUUCACUUUAUUUAGCAUUUUACUAAUUAUGAAAUAUUCAUGAUUUAAAGGGAUUGUUCAAAUGUGGUUUCUUGACUGUGUAUUAUUCCAUCUGUUGGUAGAACAUCAGUUUCUGUAUUUUCUUACUUAGCUGAAACAUAAACAUCUGAAUAACAGAUAGUUUGAUUAAGGGAAAGCACUAGAGAGUUGUGUGUGGAACAUCAACACCAUUACAGUGUCUGUAAAGUACUCAGUUUUGUGUUAUACCUCAUAAAAUGAUACCAGCUGUAAUCCUUCCUGAGUUGUUAAACACUCCAUAAUGAGCCAUGUUUUUUUUUUCUUUUUACAGUGCCAUAGGUUUUGCUGAUACAAGUCAGCCAUGUGAACAGAGGAUAUCGCAGUAUACAUUGUUCAUUAAUUCAACAAAAGCACAAUGCUAGUACAUUUAGUUUACAAACAACAAGGAUAUGGGAGUAUUUGGCAGAAAUGUUUGCUUGCAAAAAUGUUCAAAUUUCAGACUUUCAGUGUCAUUGUGCAGGGUCAGAAACGUUUUGUCUCUACCCAAUAUUCAAUGAAUUGUAGAGCCUUUUUCACCAGUAGGAAAUAUAAGAGAAAGACGGUACGCUUAGAUUAAAUAUAUUAUUUUAUGUCCUUUAUUAAUCCAAGCAACUGAAUGCAUUCAAAAGUCAUUUACUGUUGCUGUUCAUUUCUUAUAAAAGUUUGUGCUGGAGAAAUGCACUAAGGUCUGCAAAUUUUUUCUCGGUGCCUUGUUUUGUUAACCUUUACCACCUACCUACCUUUUGUAUUUAAUUUGUUUCCUUACCUGCCCAAAAUCAUUUUAUUUCCCAUGUCAGUUUUUACCAGUCCAAAAAUGUACUUCUGGUUAUCCUUUGAUUCACUUGAAGUCUUUAAUGUUUUCCUUAAUUUCUGUCGGUUAGAUUACCUUUAUGUGUAAGAUUGCCAACCAGUCCACAAUAUUUUCAUUUUCUUGUUUUAGCUUUGCAGACCUGUUUGUAGUUUCCAGAUGUUUUAUGCUGUCACUGACAAAAAUCCAGAACUGCAGAUUAUUGGAUUCUGCAUGGAUGAGGAAAGUGUAAAUAUUUCCUUCAUAUUUGUAUUAAGGGACCAGUUGCCUUCACUGUAUUAACCAGCACUGGUGCAUUUCAGUAAGCAGAGAGCUUUGGAGUGACUCAUUCUCAAAGCAUUGUUUUUGGGGCAUUGGAAUAUGUCUCCAGAAUGGAGAACAGUGGCACAGCAUUUACAUGACUGUAAUUUAAAGCAUGAAUGUGGAACAGGUAGUCUGAUGAAUAUUGCCAUAGGAGACAAAGUUUGUUUACAUGGACGUGCAUAGAAUGGUGUGUCAGAAGAGUUGGCUACUUUUUAUAAAUUUGUGUAAAAUAAAAAUGUAUAUGUGUUUAGUUGCAUUUGAAAUAGAUUAAUAUGGACUCUACAAAUAUAAAAUUUGCAAUGUCUCAGAGGAAAGUUAUUUUUCAACCAGCUGCAUACAGCUGCCUGUAUAUUUAGAUGUCUGCUGACUCUUUACGUGUUGUGCUUCCUGAUUUUUGUUUUGUUUUCUUUGUUUAACCUACCUCGUUUUGUUGAAAUUAGUUACUCAGUACAGCAGUGUUACAUCUCUAGUUGCAAUGUAGAAAGUAUGUCAGUUCACAGUUUGACAUUUACGCUAGUCAGUAGUGGUCUUUGUUCUGAAAUGGCAACAGCUAUUAUCUUUAGGAACAGAUAUCAGUAUAGUUUUCUUAAACCGCUGACCUCACAAAGUUAAGGAUCUUAUUCGGAUCUGUUCAUAUGAUCAUAAUAUCAACUGAAAAUCUGUAUUUAGGUCUGCACUGCACUGUACUUCUGACUGGUGCUGUUUACUAUUCAGAUGUUGCUGUGAUUCAUAUCAAAUCUUCUGCAGAAACCAUUUGGAUGCAUUCCUCAGUAUCACAUCAUGCUGAGUUAUACAUGACCUGGUCUCAUUUAGUGCCAGUAAAACAUUUCAAAGCAUAGCAUAACAUUUACCUUGCACAUGUAAUUGUGUAGGCUCUUUAUGUGAUUUCUGUGAUUCUGGGUGAUAUUAGGCUUGUACACAAAUGUUGCACACUAGCCAAUAUCUUUUUAUGAUAGUUUUGAAAAAAAAAAACAUUUAUAUGAAAGCUGUUUUUUGUGUGCCUACCAGAACAUUCAUAAAAAAGUGCCACUGCAUUUAAAGCUGGAGUCAUCUGUGAACAAAUGGCAUAUUCUAAUGAACAAAAUAUUAGUUAUUUCUUGUUUUUACUUAAGUUCAAGUAAAGGGGUUGUUGCAGUUCACACUCUGUACUGUACUUGUUGCAAAGAAGAAUAAUGCUGGUAUCAGCUAUAAAGUACAAAUAAAAUGCGAAGCCAUACAUUUUGAAAUGAAA